CCGAGUCGAAAUGGACGCGCCCGAGGACCGUUACUUCGGCAACCAGACGCCGGAACGUUCGGAAACUAAUAGUCCGCGCUCACAAAUGAGUAGCCCGAAUUCGACGUCUUCGAUCAAUGUGACCGACCAGUCUAUAUCGUUAACACAGCACCAGCAAAACUUAGAGACACUGAAUCGCAUGGGCAUGUUCUUUCAUGCCCAACAAAUGCACCUCAACCAGAGUUUUGACGCGGUAAAGUCGAGAUUGGGUUUGACGCAAGUGCCUACAAGUGUUAAUCAGGGACCGAGGCAUACGAUAGAUGCGAUAUUGGGACUGAACGGUGGACGCCAAGUUAGUAGAGUGCAGAGUGAUUUCGAACAGAGAAGAGAUGACAGGGAGUGCGAAACUGUGCCCGUUUCGCCGGGUGCUGUGGAGAGCGCUGGUGAAGGUUCCUGCAACAGCAACGAUGGUUACAGUCAAAGAACACCACCAGAUGACAAGUCUCCCCCCGGGAGCGACGACGACACUCCCAGACCAGGGUCGGCGGCGGACAAGAAGAAGCACAGAAGAAACAGAACAACCUUCACUACAUAUCAGCUACACGAAUUGGAGAGAGCGUUCGAGAAAAGCCAUUAUCCUGACGUGUACUCCAGAGAAGAGUUAGCCAUGAAGGUCAACUUGCCAGAAGUUAGGGUACAAGUUUGGUUCCAAAAUCGAAGAGCUAAAUGGCGUCGCCAGGAGAAGAUGGAGGCAGCUAGGCUGGGGCUCUCGGAGUACGGGUGUGGAGCAGGUGGUGGAAUACCCAGACUGAGCGGUCUCGGAUUACCAGUGGAUCCUUGGCUGGCACCACCUUUGCUGACUGCUUUACCUGGUUUCUUGAGCCACCCACCGUCAGGGUACCCAAGCUACCUCACACCACCGGCACCGGCGCCGCCAGCCCCACCAGCACCGCCCGACCCUCGCUCCUCCUCCAUCGCAGCACUGAGGAUGAAGGCGAAAGAACACGUGGAAAGUCUUAGCAAAGGUCUACAGAUGGUUUAAUACAUAAAGAUAAUUAGAUUGUGUCAUAAUGAAAUCAAUAUAUUUAGGAACAACUUCUUUUUUUUUUUGGAAUAGUCAAAACCAUUGAGUCGUACAGCCAAGAAUUUCUUUUUCUAUACUUGGUACAGCUAUAAAAUAAUCUGGACUAUUUUUCUAUGUAAAAAACAAUAUAUAAAAUAAAUAAAUAGUUAAAUUAAAAAUGCCUUUUUGUUGAUAGAUUGUGUGGUUGUUUAAAACUUCACUUCACUUGUUUCUGUUUUAUUUUUAAAUGGCAAAAUUCGAAACAAAAAAUUGUUAAAUGAUUACUAACUUACAUAACCAAGUAUAGAAAUAAUUCCGAAAAAUAUACUUGCGUCCUGAGAUUUAUUUAAUAUUUUAUAUUUAUGUACAAGAAUAUAAUAGUCAUUUUUAAAAGAAAAAUAAAAAUACAACAAUAUCAUGGAGAAGUGAUGUUUAUGUGAACAUAAUUUAUACAAGUUACUAGUAUUACAAUAGACAAUGUAAACUUGAUCAGACUUAAACUACAGUUAAUUUAAUUGACAUGAGAUAUUUUUAAUAUCAACUGCAACAAGUGACUUUAGUAAUAGAUAUUAGCAUUACAAAUUAUUCAAAGUAACGGAGAAAUGAGGUAUACAAUUAAUUUGUCAUUAAAAUUUCAAUGGACAUGUUUUACAUAAACAUUUUUAACUUCAAACUAAACCUUAGGUCAAAUUUACAAAGGGUUUAGUUCAAAUAAGUACGAUGAUUAUGUAUUUAUUGAAAUAUUGUAUCUUAAGGUCGUUCGUAAGUAUUGAUUAAAAUAUUAUUUAUCGACUUAAUAUACUCAGAUGUUUUGAAAAUUAGUUUUGUAAGUUUUGUAACUGGUGGCACUAGUUACUUUUGUAAAAGCAAUAAUAAUGUAUAUAUUUGUAUUCAUAAUGUUUGAGUAUAUUAGUCGAUUAGUUUAUAAUCAAAGUAAAAAAAAAAAGACAAAUGAAAAUAUAAAUAUUAACUUAUUAAAAAAAAAGCUGAAAAGAUUUUAGAACAAAAAUUAUAUUGUAAUUAAAUUUAUGUUAGUUUUACUCACGUUUUAAAUUCGAGAACGCCUGACUAGUUCUAAACUCAAUAGGAGUCCUUAUUCAGUUGUGAGCAGCAUUGCAUGACCAGCGCGCUGUUUGUUAUUGCUGGUAGUGGGGCUGAUCGGUUAUACAGUACCAUGUAGACGCAUUAUCGCGUCGUCGGAUGACGUGUUUGAUCCUCAGAUCGAUAUAAACUAGUGGGGCAUCUCUGAAUUUAAAACGUUAUUAAAGCCUAUAUAAAUAAUAACAAUACAGUAUGACUCACGGUAGUUGUUUUUCAAAAAUUAUAUUGUUAUAAAUGACUUUGCAUCCAUCCAUUUUAAAAUUUGUUUUUCCGUAUUUGAGCAUAAUUACUAAAUGACCAUGUAGGUGCCGGCAUAGAAUAGGCCACCUUUUCUUUUCUUUCUUAAAAUAUCACCAAACUGCGGUUGUUAGCUCGCCUGCCAAGAGUGACAACUACUGGCUAAAUCUCCAUUAUAAGGGAGGCUGUGUUCAGCAAUAGAUAGCUAACGAUUGAUACAAUAUAAAAAAAAAACAAUACUGAACAAUUUUUUGCAUUUUUUGCUUAUUGAAUUCAACCAUUUCAAAAUAAAAACGGAAUAAAAAUGCUACUGCUAUUUGGAGUCCAGAGUUAUUAGACCGCUUUUGCUAUAGGCACUUGAAGGCGUCUGAUAAAAUAAACAUGUAUUUGAAAAUGAUGACAGCUGUGACAGCUCUCUUGGUCAGAAUUAAUAAAUAGACAACACAUAGUUUAAAUAGAAAACUAAUAACAUCAAUUAUAUAAAUAAAAAAAAAAUUUGCUAUUUAUUUAUUACAAAAAUAUCUUAUAUCGAUAAAAUAAAAUAAUAAAAUCGAUAAUAUGUCAAAAUUGUUUAGUAAUUAUGACAAGUAUGUAAAAACAGAUUAAAAUUUUCUAGCAGAAAUUCUACAUAUUUUUAGAAUUUCUAAUAAAUUAUUUCGUUUUAAUUUUAAAUAAUGAUGAUCAAUAUCAUUAUUUCAGAUCAAACUACAUUUAAAAAUAUUUAUACAGAAAAUAUUAUGUCCAUGUACCUAUUACUAUUAUACUUAUUUCCAAAUA